CCGACAGGGGCGGUUGCUGUCGCGGAGGUGUGAGGUGUUGCGAGGUACUGAGGAUCGCAUGGUGCCCAGCAAGUGCCGGCCCGGCAGGGGCCCUCGGGCUGUGCCCGGCCCGGUUAAUAAUUGUGGUCUCCAGCUGGUUAUCCAGACCUCAUCAAUAGCAGAUAAAAGCAAACCAUUUGAAUUCAGGAUAAAUAAAGAACAGUCAUCUUUCCACAAUAGACUUCUGCAGCAUGAUCUGGAGAAAAACUAUUUGGGAAGGCAAGGAGACCAAAGAUUAUUAAGUCCUUUGGUGCGUAAUAAGCAGCUUUAUCUUCCAGUACCUUCCAGUCUGACAGAACUUUCGUCUUUGGAGUUGAAGCAGAAUACAGGUUCUUUAUCUGGAUUUGGCGAGACUUCUAUUCACACACCUACAAAGUCCAGAUCUCGACAAAGCAGCCACAGUAUCAGUUCACAUGCUUUAGAUAACACAAAUUUUGGGAGCAGUUCAUCAAUAACAUUUCCUGUAUUGCAUCGUACUGCUGAAGAAAAAAUACUGAACUGCGACAGACUUACCCUGGAAAGGCAAAAACUGACAGUGUGCCCAGUUAUUGAUGGAGAAGAUCAUCUUCGCUUAUUGAAUUUCCAACAUAACUUUAUAACCCGGAUCCAAAAUAUUUCUAAUCUGCAGCAUCUUGUUUUCUUAGAUUUGUAUGAUAACCAGAUAGAAGAAAUAAGUGGGGUUUCAACUCUGAGAUCCCUAAGAGUCCUUUUGUUGGGAAAGAACAGAAUAAAGAAGAUCUCAAAUCUGGACAACCUAAAAAAUCUUGAUGUUUUAGAUCUUCAUGGAAAUCAGAUUUCUAAAAUAGAAAACAUCAGUCAUUUGAAUGAACUCAGAGUGUUAAACCUUGCCAGAAACCUACUAACCAUUGUAGAAAAUCUUAACGGACUGGAUUCACUUACAGAGCUCAACCUUCGUCAUAAUCAAGUCUCUGCUAUAAAAGAUGUGGAUACUUUGCCAUGUCUCCAGCGCCUCUUCCUCAGCUUCAACAAUAUAUCUAGUUUUGAGGAUAUUCUGUGCCUUGCUGAGUCUUCAUCUUUGUCAGAUAUCACCCUUGAUGGCAAUCCAAUAGCUCAGGAGACAUGGUACAAACACACUGUUCUCCAUCAUAUGAUGCAGCUCCGACAGCUAGAUAUGAAGAGAAUCACAGAAGAAGAAAGACGUAUGGCAUCUGUUGCAGCAAGGAAAGAGGAAGAAAGGAAGCGUGAAAGCCAUAAACAGAACUUGCUUAAGGAAAAGAAGCGGUUAACAAUUUCUAAUAUUGCUCGUCAGUGGGAGAUACAGCAGAAUCGAACAGCUCUUGUGGCUUCUUUAAACCAAGAUAAAGAUGAUGAGCCCUGUCAGAUUAAUGGCAGUGCUGCAUAUGUAUUUCCUGAAGAAAGCAGGUAUUUUAUUGGGUCUCUUGAUACACUAUUGAGCAGUGCAGUACAAGGCUUGUCUGUUCUUGAGUCUCAUUUAGUGGAAGUGGAAGGAGAUACUCUUUGCUUGUAUGGUGCUGGUGCGCUGGAGUGCCUGGAUCGAAACUGGAGUGUUCAGACAGCUGGAAUUAUUGUCACAGUCUCCUUUAUGUUCAUAGAAUUUGAUGAAAUUGUUCACGUGUUAACUAAACUGAAGAUAAAAUUUCCUAAUUUUGUGCACCUGAAGCUUAAGGAGACAAAUCUUGUGGCACUGCAGCAAUUCAAUGCAUUAGCUCAGAUGCAUCGCGUUGAACAGUUGACAGUUGAUCCUCAGGGAAAUCCAGUUGUAAACUUUACUUUGUGGAAAUAUUAUGUUCUGUUUAGACUGAACCAUUUUAAUCUACAAAAGAUAAAUGGAAUAAAGGUUACUGAAAACGACAUUGUAAUGGCAGAAAGGCUCUUUGGCAUUCUGGCAUAUGUAGCAUCCUCUGAGCUGCCACAUUAUCGCAUGCUUUCAUUACUUGGAGAGUCUAGGAAGAAGCAGUUCCAUUAUCUGCUGGAGGGAAAGGGAAAGAAGUCUGGGUUUGGGAGUGAGGAGAAUAUUGACAACAGAAGAAAUGGAGAGGAGAGUGCAGCUCGAGCAACAUUGAAUUACACGACAAAGGAUUUUCAUAUGGAAAAGCUUGAGGAAAUCAAGGAAAGAAAAACAUUUUGCCAGACAUACGUUGACAACUUAGUGAAGGAAGCAGCUGACAUCAAUAUGAAAAAUGAGUCGUUGCAGAAGCUCUGGCCUCAAAUGUUCAUUGAGCUUGUCAGAGAUGCAGUGAUAGAAAUACGCAAUAAAAAUUCCUACAUGAAACUCUGCUUGCAGCGGAUCAUUGAUCAAAACCAGUAGAGUCAAGGCAUGUUGUCUUGCAAGCUUUUGGUUUCAGUAUUCCAUGAUGUUUUACAAACUUAAACCAAUAUAAAGUUACCAUCGCUAUGACCUACAUCACAUCCCACCCCAAAGGGAUGGCUUUAAAUCCUAAUUGACUCUUGAUAGUUGUGAAAUAAAAGUAUACUUGCAUACUGCUUUAAUGGUUCUUCCUUGGCUAAAGUAAUGAGAUGACAUAGAAGUAACUUGGUGAUUGUUAUGAUUUACUAAGUUCUCGCUUAUUUUUUUCUUCUACCCUCUAUUCUGUAGUAUUACAGCAUUUGCACUCUGCUUGCCUUAUUUUUUACUGCACACUUUUUAGUUGUCACCUUUUCAACUGUUUGCUGCUGUUCAAAAACAAUCAAGAAUAAUAGUAGCUGAAUUUUUUUAUGUGCAAAAGCUAAUAAAUUAUUUUUACACUCUGACAUUGAUGAAGACCUUAUUAACUUUUCAAUUUCUGAUGUUAUAGGACACUUUCACAUCAAUGCCAUCACAAUGAUUAGUUUAUCAACAUUUAAUGGGCCUAAUCCUCAACUGAACAAAUUGCCCAAACUUGAUACCAGGUGUCUUUCAUUAAUUUCAUUUGUAUUACUUUGUAUGAAUAUUAUAGGCAAAACAGUUUAAAGAGUUCAGGGUCUCCUCAAGCUCUAUUUGUGUUCCGUUAAAACUUGCUAAUAAUUUAUUUUCUUUCUUGCUUACUAAAUGAUUAGUUUUUGAGGUUUUCCAAGGUCAAAUGAGCUAAAAUGCGUGCAUUACAUUUGAUAAGGAAACUGAUGACUACUGUUCAGCUGUAAUUAAUUUCUGUGACUGUGUGAAAAUUUCAUAUGUUAUCAAUAAAAAUAAAUUCUUCACUUCUGCCCUUCA